AUGAUGUCAUACUUUCGAGUCUUUCGAGCCGGAUACAAUGAGUGGCCAGCUGUGGUUGACACUCUCGAAAAUCCUCCGUUUGAGGCAGAGCUUCGGCUCUGGAGACAUCGCUUCUCACGGGCUCCUGCCACAGGCGUCUGGUUCUAUCGAGUGGACGUAUCCAUAUGUCAGAAAGAGCUUUCUGUACCACAUAUCGAUGAAGGCGACAGCGAAGGCGCGGACGAUAGAUACUGCGAGACAAUGUCACUGUCAGAUGCAUCAGACAGUGAGCACUACUCUAUUUUAAGGCGGUACAAUGACUUUUUGAAAUUGUACGAGCAAGUUUGCCUCAUCGUCGCAGCAUCCGAAGGAAACAGCCACAGUGUACCUCCAUUUCCAACUAAAGAGAUGUUGCCAUCUCUAGUUGUUCUGCUGUGGCGCGUUUCUCCGUCAAUGAGGAUGCUCGAAGAGCGACGCGCCAAAUUUGAGGCGCUACUGGUAUGGAUUGAAAAUCAUCCUACAGCUCGGAAUUGCUCUGCAUUCGUCGAGUUUCUUGGAAAACCUCCACAGACUAGAGAAGGUUAUGUUAGCCUGAAAGGCUAUACAUCUCCUGAUUGGUUAUCGUCUCUGCGGCAAGUGACACGCAAUGCAGAAGACCGUAAGCGUCGUGACUCCGGUGACAGCAUUUCCAUUCGAUCACUGCCUGAUCGAUCGAACUCGGAUGCCUACUCAGUCCUCAGCGUUUCCCGUCACCAACGAUUCCAAGCAAAAUACAUGUCGACUUGUGUGCUGGGCAAGCGUCACAAUUGCUCUCCUAACAAACAUCGGCGCUAUGAACCACCUUACAAGAAAAGGACGCUAUUGGCUAAUAACUCGAAGUUAUCUUACGCCGAUCAAGGAUCGGUGAAGGAAAGGUGGACAUAA